AAAAAACAAAAAGAAAAGAAAUCUAAAAAGUCAAAACACUAAAAAAAUCUCCAAUCCACUACACUACUACAGUCUCUCUCUUCAUUUUCUGGGUUUCUGCCAUGGAUGAAUCCAACAAAUAUCUCAAAAUUCUCAUCUUUCUCCUCCUCCUCACUUUCUCUCUCCCCUCUUCCCUCCCUCUUCUCCACCAUCCACCACCACCGCCACCACUACCACUCCUCCCCAUCCCCACCUCCCAGCAACUCUCAUGGCAGCUAACAGAAAUGGCCAUCUUCUUCCACUUCGGCACCAACACUUUCACCGACUCCGAAUGGGGCGACGGAAAAUCCGACCCAUCAGUCUUCUUCCCCUCCAACUUCGACGCUAAGCAGUGGGUCACCGUCGCAAAAUCCGCCGGAUUUUCCCGCGUCAUUCUAACCGCGAAACACCAUGAUGGGUUCUGCCUUUGGCCGUCUUCUUACACUUAUUAUUCUGUGAAAUCCAGUAAUUGGCGAGGUGGAAAUGGCGAUGUUGUGGGUGAUUUGGCCGUUGCUGCGAAAGAGAGUGGGAUUCAAUUGGGGUUGUAUCUUUCUCCUUGGGAUCGCCAUGAGAAAUGCUAUGGGAAUACUUUGGAGUAUAAUGAGUUUUUUCUGGGUCAAAUGACUGAAUUGCUCACUAGAUAUGGGGACAUCAAGGAGGUAUGGUUGGAUGGUGCUAAGGGGGAGGGCGAAAAGGAUAUGGAAUAUUUCUUUGACAUAUGGUUUGAUCUAAUUCAUCAACUGCAACCUGAAGCAGUAAUAUUUUCUGAUGCUGGGCCUGAUGUCCGGUGGGUUGGAGAUGAAGCUGGUGUUGCUGGUUCUACAUGCUGGUCUUCUUUCAAUAGGAGUGCUGCCAAAAUCGGUGACACUGAUUCACAGUAUUCACGCGGAGGAGACCUACAUGGGCAUGAUUGGGUACCUGCUGAAUGUGAUGUUUCCAUCAGAGCUGGUUGGUUUUGGCAUGCAUCAGAAGCACCAAAAUCUGCAUUGUCUCUUCUUGAUAUCUACUACAAAUCAGUAGGAAGAAAUUGUCUUCUACUGCUAAAUGUUCCCCCAAACUCAUCUGGUCUUAUAUCAGAUGAAGAUAUACAAGUGCUUCAAGAUUUUGCUGAUCUUCGGACCUCCAUAUUUUCCAAUAAUCUGGCUAAGCAUGCCAUUGUGACUGCCAGUAGCACACGAGGAGAUAGUGAUUCUCGCUUUUGUGCCUCCCGUGUACUUGAAGAAAGUAUUUUUACUUAUUGGGCUCCAGAAAAGAACCAAGCUCAUUGGAUAUUGUAUAUAGACUUGAAGGAUACAGUGGGUUUCAAUGUUUUGCAACUUCAAGAACCAAUUCAUUUGGGGCAAAGGAUCCUGUUUUUUCAUGUUGAUAUCAUGCAAGACAGGGGAGAAUGGAAGAAAAUUUUGAAUGGGACAACUAUUGGAUAUAAGAGACUUUUACAAAUCCCGAGAGUGGAAGCUCGAUACUUGAGGUUGGUGAUCGAGAAAGCUCGUGGAGAUCCUCUUAUUUCCUUUGUUGGGGUUCAUAUGGAUCCUUAUUUAAACUUGACAAGCUUAGUUGAUACAUCCGAAAAGGUGCCAUCAAAUGGACAUAGAUUCUGGAGCAAGUUUAAAGAGAUUCUCUAUACUCUGCCAUACAAGAAGAUGUCUCUAGCCAUCUAGGUAAGCCUUGCUAUGGGGGAUCAUAAAGCAGUUUAGGAAUCCGGUCUUCUUCCUCUUCUGUAUGUGUCCUUGAACGUUUGAAAAUUCACUGCUACAUGAUUGAAAGUUUCAAUCUGCUACAUGAUUCACCGUAAACAUCCGUGGUACAGAUGCUUAGUACCAGUUGUAUAUCAAUAGGUCAAUACUCUGUAUCGCCUGUGUAAUACUCUCACUCAAGUGAUCAUUGUUAUAGGUUCGGCAUGACUACAUACAUGAACGGUUUGCUGAAGAUGCGUAGUUGAUUUAUGAUUCAGGACAGAAGAUUUUUUAGGGUAAUUGUUGUAUUUUGGCUACAUAAGCACAUGUAACUAGUUUCGAAAUUGUGCUGUACUGGUAUUUCAAUCUUAGUGGUAAUCUUCUGCUGUCUCUGUGCAGUUCCACUACAUUCAGUUGAAAAUUGAGAAUAAUUGUAAUCUGAGGACAGGGAACCUGUAAAUCUCUUUGUCAUUAUAGUUCAUAAUUCUGGAUCUUCA